AGCAAGAAGAGAUAUCAUCCAUCCACACCCAAAGACUAACAUCUCCCCUUCCACUUCGGCAUCUCAAAUGGCUUCCAAUCUUCUCAAAUUCCCCAUCCAAACACUCAAAACUCAAAAUCCUUUAACCCCAUUUCCUCCCUCCAAAACCCAUUUCCCAUCUCUCCCCAUUCCAAUACAACACCACCAUUCCCAUCUCUCUUUCUUCCCUCAAAAGCUCCUCCACAAAUCAAAAAUCCCUUCCCUGUCCCUAAAAGACCAACCCACAUAUGAACCACCCACCUCAAAAGAUGAAGCCAUCCUCCAAGCCAAGACAUGCCUCACCCUCUCCUUAGAAAAGCCGCUUAACAAUCCAAGACUUGCUGGCAAACUCAAGAAACAAAAGCAACCCAGGUACCGAGUCGAGAUCCCAGUUGCUGACAACUCGGCCGAGUCACUAGUGCAGCUAGCUCUCCAGCUCUUCUCUAACCUCCCCAUCAAGAAAAAAGGUGCCCCGAUCAGAAUUCUCAUCCUUUGGCCCAACCCCACUUUGACAAAACUAGCCAUUGAGGCCUUCAAGUCGACCGAGUCAUCGCCCAACUCAGUCACUAACUCAGACCUUUCUUUAGUUACUGAGGGAGAUACUAGCACUAGGAUUUUAAGCUCUGCUGAUGUGGCAGUCUUCUUGGCGCCAGAAGCAUCUCAAUUAGACAUCAUGAAGGCCAUUAGUGAUGGCUUUUACCCGAAACCAGUGGUGGUUUUCAACCCCAUGUGGGGUUUUGAGGAGGAGAGUGGUUUCGGCGGGUUGAGUGGUUUUGUGGGGUCAUUUGAGGUGAUUUAUGCUUUCAUGGGGUUGGAGGUUAGAGGCCUGUUGAGUAAGAGAAACGGUGUGGUUUUUAGGUGUGCUGAUGGUAAUUACAGUAAUGAGGGAUGGGCAAUUUUGGUAGAAGAGGAGAAGGGAGAACUGAAGGUGGUUUCCAGGUUUAAGAAGAGGCCAUCAGUUGGGGAAGUUGAGAAUGUUUUGUAUAAUAAGAUGGCGGUGAAUUCACCCGUUACGAAGAGUGUGAAAUUUCUAAGGGAUUUAGUAUCUAAUGUAACAGGAAAGAAAGAUGUGAAAUAAAGGUUUUAAGUGUUGUCUGAAACCAUUAUUUGUCACCCAAUUCAUACGGAUUUCAAUGCUAAAAAAUACAAGCGAGUCACCCCAAAUACAAGUCGCCAAGUCUCUUGCGAACAAGGCAUGUGACUCUACGGAAGAAAGAAAUUCGCGUAUGGAGAGAGGAUUCCUUCAUUAGGAAUGAUAUUCAUACGAUUAGAAUUAAAUACUCCUUUUAUUUUUGUUUUGGGAGGAUUAAUUGUAAAUGGGUUUUCUCUGAGGGUUAAGGUUUUAUGUCCUGCCCAGUUAGGUGUAUCUUUUGAUUAUUUCAUUCUAUCAAACGUUGAGGUAAAAGUCACCUCCCGUUACCCAAAAGAAAAAAAAGUCACCCAAAUUUGCCUAUUAUUUAUGAGCACAAACUCAGGGACAUGGUAUUUAGAAAUCUUUAUAACAUGUUUCCAUGAACUGUGUUUGUGCACUUCCUUCUCAAUCCGUUUCCAAUGAAUUCACAUGUUCUCUUCUUUCUGUACCUUCUAUCUUCUUCAUUACAUUACUACAUUGUGGUCUUAUGUGUUGAAGUAAUUGAAAUGAAUCUUUUCCUUAUGCUUUCA